AUGAGAGUGCUGUGCGUGGCGGAGAAGCCGUCCAUCGCAAAAGCGGUUGCAAAUCACCUUGGCGGCCGAGUGACGACGGACAGUGUUCGCGGCAUGCAAUGGGUCAAAAACUACAGGUUCGACUUUCGUUUCCAGCAAUGGGGACAGUGCGAUGUUACUUUCACAUGCGUUGCGGGCCAUAUCGUGGCCAACGAGUUCCCCGACCGAUAUAGGAAAUGGCACGCAUGUUCGCCUUCAGACCUGUUUGAUGCUCCCAUACAGAGUACUAUCGCAGAGGGCAAGAAGGCUGUGGCAAGCAACAUCGAGUCGCAAGCCAGAGGCUCCCAGAUUCUGUUCAUUUGGACCGAUUGUGAUCGUGAAGGCGAACACAUCGGCACUGAGAUACGAGACAUCGCUCUGAAGGUGAAUCCUAGACUGCGAGUCUACCGUGCACGGUUCAGCAACAUCGAAAGAGCACACGUCAUUCAAGCUUCGCAAAACCCCAUACAGCUCGACGACGCCCAGGCCAAUGCAGUGGCUGCUCGGAUUGAACUCGACCUGCGGCUUGGUGCAGCGUUCACACGCAUGCAAACAUUAGCCCUGCAGAACUUGAUCCCUACCCACGGUGACGAACGCGGUAAGCUGAUCAGUUACGGGUCCUGCCAGUUCCCGACUCUAGGUUUCGUCGUCGACCGAUACCUUCGUGUACGCAGCUUCGUUCCAGAACCUUUCUGGUACAUCAAAGUCCAUCAUACCAAGGACGACGUGGAGGUCAAGUUCAACUGGCGACGGGGCCACUUGUUCGAUCGCAUGGCCGUCACUCUGGUCUUUGAAAAGUGCUUGAUUUCGAAGACUGCCAAAGUCAUCAAGAUGGCGAAAAAGCCCACCAAGAAGUGGAAACCGCUGCCUCUAACAACAGUCGAGCUGCAGAAGAUGGGCAGUAGGUUCCUUCGUAUGACGUCGCAAGAUGUUAUGAAGGUCGCCGAAGAUCUCUACACCAAAGGCUGGAUCAGCUACCCACGUACCGAAACCGAUCAGUUCGACCGGGGAAUGGAUCUCCGUAACCUCGUCUCAAGGCAAACCCAGGACGGACAGUGGGGUACUUUCGCUCAAGCUCUAAUGAGCGGUGGGUUCAAUCAGCCACGCAAUGGCCGCAACAACGACAAGGCACACCCUCCUAUCCACCCUGUCAACUAUGUAGCAUCCAGCGCUCUCCAUAGCGAGAAUGAACGCAAGGUUUACGAGUUUGUCGUUCGCCGCUUCCUUGCCUGUUGCUCCGAGGAUGCAGCCGGAGAGGCAACCGACAUUGAAAUCGACUAUGGAGCUGAAAUCUUCCAUGCUCACGGUCUGCGAGUCAUUGCAAGAAACUACCUUGAUGUGUAUCCCUACGACAAGUGGGAGAGCAGUCAGCAAUUGCCGCACUAUGCGGUAGGCGACGUCUUGGAGCCCACAGAGGCGAACAUGUUCGACGGCAAGACUUCAGCACCCAGCUACCUCACCGAGCCGGAGCUCAUCGCCUUGAUGGAUGUCAACGGGAUUGGCACGGACGCAACGAUGGCGGAGCACAUUGCCAAGAUUCAAGAGCGUGAGUAUGUCAUCGCGCGGCCCAAAGGCGGGGUUGCAGCGAACGCUGGCAAUGGCGCAGGCAGAGGACGCGGACGAGGAAGAGGAGGUGGUGCUCGAGGAGGCCGAGGCGGCGCAGCCACGGGUCAUGACGGAGGUGGGGGUACAGGCACCGGCGGAGUGCAAGAGUUCAUUCCGACGACGCUGGGUGUCGCGCUUAUCGAAGGCUACGACAAUGUGGGCUUUGAGACGAGUCUCAGUAAGCCCUUCUUACGCAAAGAGAUGGAGAUUCAGAUGAAAGCCAUCUGCGAAGGCCGCACGACGCGCAACGACGUGGUGCAACAGAAUCUGGAACAGUACCGGGCCGUCUUCAACCGGACUGUGCAGCAGAUCAGCGUUCUCAAAGCCGCCAUCACCAAGUACGUGGUGCAAGCGAAUCACGGGUGA